AUGUCUCAUUCCGCCCAAGACGAAGCCGAUGCCCUGCUAGACAGCCAGAAGAAACUGCCCUCUGCCCAUCCAGAAGACCUUGCUCACUUCUCCGGAGACGAAUACAAAGACGACGACGACGACCGCAGCGACGAGGAGGACGAGCACAACGAGAAGCGCACCAACCGCAUCCGCGCCGCCAGAGCAGCAGCAGGAGACUCAGACGAAAGCGACAUUGACUUCUCCAGCACCAUGGUCUCCAAGCCAGCGACAUACCAUAUCCCGUCGACCAUCUACGACGCCAACACGGGUCCCAAGGGCGUCAUCGCCGAUGCGCAGUCCUUUGAGCGCGCCAAGAAGCGCUCCUUCAGGCGCACCUUGACCUCCGCCAGCGCAUUCGACUACAACCCUUUCUCCCGCAGCAACCAGAACGAGAAGCACAACAAGAACAGCAGCAGCAGUAGCAACAACAACACCAACAGCAACUACAUCCACCGCGGCUCGAGUCCAGGCGACGACUCCGCAGAGGGAAGUGAUGAGGACGAGCGCUUCAUGCGCCAGUGGAGAGAGACGCGCAUGCAGGAGCUGCAGAACAAGGCGACCCGUCGAGUCAGUCCGAGCAAGCGACGGUACGGCAACGUUGACACCGUCGAUGCCACGGGAUACCUCGAUGCCAUUGAGAAGGUCACUCCCGGCACCGUCGUUGUGGUCUGCAUCUACGAUCCAGAGGUCAGACCACCUAAACCCCCUCCCCCCUCACACUUGAAUAUAAUAUAA